UCAAGACGCCAAGGCAGCAAAAGUCUAGAAGCUCGACAGUAGCACAUCUGCCGGUCACCCCCCCUCUGGCCUCUCCAUUAUUUACUACACAGGGAAGGGAUCCCUAGAAGUUAUCGUCAUGGGCAAGAAAGAUGCCUCUCUUCCCCUCCUGGGGGGAAGCGCCUCCAUGGAUCCAGCUCUAGCUGCUUUGUUCCAGACCAGUGCUGGCCCAGUAAAGCCCCCGACGAUCACAGCUCCCCUUCCCUUCCCCAAGCGGGCCGCGGAGAAGGAUGAGGACGAGGAUGCCGAGGAGGAGAUUUCGGAACCGGAGGACGACGAGAUGCUCGAGGCUCCGGAAGCUGAGAGCGAUGCUGGCAGUGAGCCGACUCCGGUGGCUGCCGAUGCCUCCACCCGAAAACGCAAGAGAACCGCCGGCGAGGACGUUGAGGAUACAUACAUGCGCCGCAUAGAGAAGGAGCAGAAAAAGGAAGAUGACAAGCGCCAGAAGGAGAAGUCUAAGCGACAGAAGACUUCCGAUGGCGAGCAAGACCAGGGAACGACAGAAGAGGAGUCCGAAGGCGGCGAGGAGAGCUCGGAGGAUGAGGAGGAGGAGAAAACGGCGGUCCCGAAGCAUGAGAGCCAGGGUGGCGAUGCCGAAUCCAAGGAAGUUGAUAAGUCCAACCGGACGGUGUUCCUGGGCAACGUGUCUAGCGAGGCCAUCAAGUCUAAAACGGCGAAGAAGACCCUCCUCAAGCACAUGGCGUCCUUCUUCUCUACGCUCCCCGAGUCUACGGGGCCUCACAAGGUGGAGUCAAUCCGCUUCCGCUCUACGGCCUUUUCUAGCGGUGGCCUGCUUCCCAAGCGAGCUUCGUUUGCCAACCAGGAUGUUCUGGACGACACGACCCCCUGCACCAACGCAUACGUUGUCUACAGCUCCGUGCAAGCAGCGCGGAAGGCGCCCGCGGCGCUGAACGGCACGGUCGUCCUGGACCGGCAUCUGCGUGUCGACAGUGUCGCGCAUCCAGCCGCGACCGAUCACAAGCGGUGUGUGUUUGUGGGUAACCUGGAUUUCAUGGACAACGAGACCAAGCCGGAUGACGAAAACAAAAAGAAGAAGAGAGAGCCCGCCGAUGUGGAAGAGGGUCUUUGGCGGCACUUCAAUGCGCACACAGGUGGCUCGAAGAAGGACAAAUCAAAGAACAACAUUGAGUCGGUUCGGGUGGUCCGGGACCGUGCCACUCGUGUCGGCAAAGGAUUUGCCUACGUCCAGUUUUAUGAUCAGAAUUGCGUGGAGGAGGCUCUUUUGCUGAAUGGUAAGCAAUAUCCGCCCAUGCUCCCGCGUAAACUUCGCGUGGUGCGAGCCAAGAGGCCCCAGAAGAGGCGCGAGGACAAUGGCGGCCAAGGAAAGUCCCUGGCCAACUCCGAUAAGACCCUCCAGGGUCGCGCUGGGCGACUCUUUGGCCGAGCCGGUGCCGCCAAGCUGAAGGCCGCGGGAAAGACUUCCAUCUCGCAGAAUUCGCUGGUGUUCGAAGGUCAUCGAGCCACUGAAGGCGGUGCUUCGCGCAUCCGGGUCAAGACCAAGAGCCGUGGUUCGAAGGGCAAGCCAAACAACCGCAGCAGCAAGCGGGCUGCGGCCUACGCAGCCGCUGGAGGGAGGAAGGGGAAGAUGGCUCAGUCUUCAUAAACGGCAAGGACACUGAGGUUCGAUCGGGGCGCACGGUGUAUAGAUCUUUUCUUGAUGCAAUUUAUUCCACGGCCAUGUUCUAGCAGCUAAAAAGCAAAUCGGCAAACUGGGGCGGAAAUCAAUACAACCAACGGUAGAAAAAUUACUAGUACUCACUCCAUCCUGACUUCUCGGUCGUGUAUGUGGCAGAAAUAGAGUGGAGAAGAAAAGAUAUGGAGUAACUAGUCCAUGUGAUGAUACUGGUUGAAUAUUGCUG